UCCAUCGGCAGAGCAUCGUCUGCAAAGUGCCCCCAAAAUAUCAAAGAAGCAACUGGUGCCCACGAAAACGUUCGGUUAAUUUGCAUUCGAAGCGCAUCGAGCUCAUCUCGGGAGAAGCAGCAGCAGCCAUGCGAGUGCAGCUUUUCGCCAUCGCCGUGGCCAUCGUGGCCGUCUCUGUGGUCCGCGAUGUUGGAGCAGAGCCGCCGGUGAACAACGCCUACUUGCCACCCAGUUCGCCCCAGCGCCCCUCCUCCAAGUACGGUGCGCCGCCCGCCAGCUCCUACCUGCCACCCGCCUCCGGACCUGCCCCCUCGUUUAACUCUGCUCCCUCCAGCAGCUAUGCGGCUCCGUCGCUGAGCGCUUCUUCGGGUGGACCGUACCCGGCGCCUGCCUCACGCCCAUCUAGCUCCUACGGACCGCCUGCCUCUCGUCCCUCGUCCAGCUAUGGUCCUCCGCCCAGUCGGCCCAGCCAGUCGUACGGACCACCACCACAGGCCAAGAAGCCACACCAUCGUCGCCCGUCCUCCAGCUAUGGACCUCCAAGGCCAGCUCCGCCAUCGCAGAGCUACGGUGCCCCGCCAUCUUCUAGCUACGGACCCCCGAAGUCCGCUCCGCCUUCCCAGAGUUAUGGUGCCCCUGCUCCACCUUCCGGCAAGUACGGACCACCCAAGUCGGGUCCUUCAUCGAGCUACGGAGCACCCAAGCCAGCGCCUCCUUCAUCGUCUUAUGGAGCUCCUGCCCCACCGUCAUCGUCUUAUGGAGCUCCCGCCCCUCCAUCAUCGUCCUAUGGAGCUCCUGCCCCACCAUCACCUUCUUAUGGAGCUCCUGCCCCGCCUUCCUCAUCCUAUGGAGCACCCGCACCACCAUCCAAGUCUUAUGGAGCACCUGCUCCUCCAUCUCCUUCCUAUGGAGCGCCAGCCCCACCACCAUCUUCAUCUUAUGGAGCACCUGCACCUCCCUCGAAGUCGUACGGAGCUCCUCCUGCACCAUCGUCCUCUUAUGGAGCACCUGCACCACCAUCCCCAUCUUAUGGAGCCCCAGCACCACCAUCGAAGUCUUAUGGAGCCCCUGCACCACCAUCGUCCUCCUAUGGAGCGCCUGCUGUCCCCUCUUCCUCUUAUGGACCACCCAAGUCUGCCCCCGCACCACCUUCCUCCAGCUAUGGAGCCCCUCCUCAAGCUCCCAGCAGCUCUUACCUGCCACCUGCAUCGCGUCCAUCGAAGCCCUCUCUCAACUAUGGAGCACCCAGUGUGAGCAGCUUUGUGCCCUCGGUAUCGGCGCCAUCGACCAACUAUGGGGCACCAUCGAAGACCCAGAGCCUGGGCAGCAGUGGCUACUCCUCCGGACCUUCAUCGUCCUAUGAUGCACCCGUGGCACCGCCAUCGUCUUCCUAUGGAGCUCCCUCCUCCUCGUUCCAGCCCAUUUCCCCGCCCUCGUCCAGCUAUGGAGCCCCCAGCAGCGGAUCUGGAUCGAGCUUCUCGGCAGCUCCUUCGUUCAGCAAGGGAUCUAGUGGUGGUGGAUCUUCCUACCAUUCUGCUCCAUCUAGCUCCUAUUCUGCGCCCAGUCCGAGCGCCAACAGCGGUGGAUCUUAUCCCUCGGCACCUUCAUCGUCUUACUCUGCACCUAGUUCGAGCUCAAACAGUGGUGGAUCUUAUGCCUCUGCUCCGUCGUCCUCCUACUCGGCACCAAGCUCUGGCUCCAGCAGUGGUGGACCUUACCCUGCUGCUCCAUCAUCCUCGUACUCCGCACCCAGUGCCUCUGCCAACGGUGGAGGAUCUUAUCCUUCAGCUCCUUCCUCAUCUUACUCGGCACCCAGCUCUGGCUCCAACAGUGGUGGACCCUACCCCGCAGCUCCGUCAUCCUCGUACUCGGCACCCUCCUCCAGCUCAAACAGUGGAGGACCUUACCCUUCGGCCCCCUCAUCUUCUUACUCCGCACCCAGCUCCAGCUCUAGCUCCGGUGGACCCUAUCCCUCUGCUCCUUCUUCCUCGUACUCGGCUCCCUCUUCCAGCUCCAACAGUGGAGGACCCUACUCAUCGGCUCCAUCAUCUUCGUACUCGGCUCCAUCCUCCAGUUUGAGCAGUGGUGGACCUUACCCAUCAGCUCCCUCUUCGUCUUACUCCGCACCCAGCUCCGGCUCCAACAGUGGAGGACCCUACCCGGCUGCACCAUCCAACUCGUACUCGGCACCAGCCUCUCCGCCAUCUUCAUCGUAUGGAGCUCCUGCCUCAGGACCAUCCUCCUCGUACAGCGCUCCCUCAUCCUCCUACGGAGCUCCCUCCACCGGAUCGGGCUCCAGCUCAUUCUCGUCCAGCCAUUCGUCAUCCUCUUCCUCCUCCUCCUUCAGUGGCUCCGCCUCGGGCAGCUACCCCUCCGCUCCGUCCAGCUCCUAUGGAGCGCCAUCGGCUGGCUCAUCACUGAACUUCCCCAGCGGACCCUCGUCCAGCUACAGUGCUCCCCCAGCCGGUGGAUCUUCCAGCUCGGGACCCUAUCCCAGUGCUCCUGCCCAGGACUCCGGCUACGAGUACAAUGCCCCCAGCCAGGUGCCCGAGACCAUUCAGCAGGGUUACAGUGCCGACGGCGGCUACACCUACCGCAAGAAGUGAGGAGCAGAUAGCCACCGCAUUGCGCAUACGCCAUGUGCCUUCGAAUACUCAAUCACCACAAUGUCCACCAUGUCAUCAUGUCAUCGCCGUCGCCAUUCACUCGCAACUGUAAAUUAUUCCCCAAGUGACAACCAGUUCGUCCAUUCUUCUACUCCUUUCUCUACCAAGAAAAUCUAGCCUUAAUUCAUUGUACCAUUAGAUAUAAAACACGAAACGUUUGUUAAAUAAACAACUUGAUGAAGAUCAUAGA